AUGGAACGUUUGGACCUGCUGGGAUUCCUUCUCAUCACCUUCAAUUGCAACAUGACCAUUGUGGGGAAGGUAUGGCUUAUCUUCAUGAUACUGCUGAGGAUGGUGGUGAUCAUCUUGGCAGGCUCCCCCGUAUACCAGGACGAGCAGGAGAGGUUUGUGUGUAACACCCUGCAGCCAGGAUGCGCCAAUGUUUGCUACGACAUCUUCUCCCCGGUGUCCCAGCUGCGGUUCUGGCUGAUCCAGAGUGUGUCCGUGCUCCUCCCUUCUGCCGUCUUCAGCGUCUACGUGCUGCACAGGGGGGCUGUUUUGGCCGCCCGCGGACUCUGCGGGCCGGACGGCGGUCCCGGGGGCCCUGACCCCGCUGACCUGAGCCCCGGGGACAGGGAGCGGCGCCUCCUGACCGUGCCAGACUUCUCUUCUGGCUACAUCGUCCACCUCUUUCUUCGGAUGCUGACCGAGGCAGCUUUUGGUGCCUCGCACUACCUCCUAUUUGGAUUCUUGGUCCCAAAGAGAUUCUCUUGCACGCACUCUCCCUGCACCAGCGUGGUGGACUGUUACGUCUCUAGGCCCACGGAGAAGUCCAUUAUGAUGCUUUUCAUGUGGGCGGUCAGCGCGCUGUCUCUGGUGCUCAGCGUGGCGGACCUCGUCUGCAGCGUGCACAGGAGAGCGAGAGCGCGCGGGCGCGCAGCCGCCCCUCUCCCCCGGCCACGGCCUGCGCGGAGCCUGGGCUCGAGGCCAGGUCAGGUGGCCGGCGGCGGCGGCGGUGGAUGGGCAGAGGUGGGGGCGUCCGUCCACCCCGGCCCGUGGGCUGCAGGGGAGCGUGCAGACAGCCCCAGCCGCAAGUCCGCCGCAUCAGGGCGAACCGGACUUCCUGAUGAAGAGGACAGUGAGGUGAUGUCCUCAGCCAGCGACAAGCUGGCCGUGGCUUGCAAAGAGCCGGGGAGCAGGCCCCACAGAGAGGCCUCCGGGGACCCAAGGGACGAGGGUCCCACAAGGUCAGAGGAGCACCCCUUAGCGCCUCAGAGCCGGCUGGCCCGGCGCUGUCUGUCCGGUCAGCUGCAGCCCCCCGACCGGCCUGCCAAUCCAAGAUCCAGAAAGUGCGAGUGGGUCUGAAGAGGGAACGCCAGGCAGCCGGGGGCCGGGGGGCGGAGGGGGGUGCAUAGUCCAGUCCAAACGGAGACCUGGCCCACGAAAAUGCACAUCCUCUUCGGCCCAUGUGAAAUCCUCAUCAACCGGCGGAGAGAAAGGCGAGCCGGCAUGGGACACAUGGACUUUGUGCGGGACUCAAAUCCUCAAGAUACAGAUUUCAAGUACAUAAUACUUUCCCUUGACCAAAGCACUUGAGAUUGUGCUUUUGACAAUGUGACUGGAGGCUAAAAUGAUUAGAGAGUGUCAGGUGACUGAUUAAUGUGACACUCUUGUCCUUCAUGAUAGUAUGUGCUUAAUGUACAGCACGUUGCCUUACAUUAAUAGAGCUCAUUCAUGUGAGUUAUUAUAGAAUUCUUUAUUUUGUUUUUGUUCUUCUAUUUGGAUAAAAGGGGCACUGUUACGCAUGUCUUUAAUAGAUGUCAGUUUAACUUCUCCCAACCCCUUUAAUAAAACUUCAAUUCUGAUGUCACA